ACUGGAGAGUCUGAGUCCAAACAAUCCCCUCUGAGAGUUCUGGACCUGAAUAACUGCAGAUACAGUUAUCAGCAUGAAGCAGACAAUCCUAUGGCACACUCUGAGGACAACCUUCCUGAAAAGCCCAAGACAAUGGAAAGCCGUGAGGACAUCGCUGACGAGUUAACCCUGCUCACUCUUAUUCCCACUGCCUUGAUCGGUCCAGUCUGUGAACUGGAGGAAUUCAGGAUGCCCGGCUGCUGCCUGAGAAGUAGAUGCUGUCAGGUGUUUGCCUCGGCUCUCUGCUCCGACUCCCAGCUGAAGGAGCUCGACCUGAGUCGAAACCCGCUGCAGGAUUUAGGAGCUCAGCUGCUCUCUGCUGGACUCGGAAGUUCAAAAUGUAAACUGCAGAUCCUCAGGUUGUCCAGUUGUGGCAUCACAGAGGAGGGCUGCAUCUCUCUGGCCUCAGCUUUGAAAUCCAACCCUUCACAUCUGAAGGAACUGGACCUGAGCUUCAACUACCCAGGAGAGCUGGGGGUGAGGCUGCUCUCCGAGAGGCUGCAGAACCCCGAAUGCAGCCUGGAGAAACUCAAUGUGGACCAUAACGAAGAGCACUGGGUGAACACACAGCUUCUCGCUCAGUUCUCCUGUGAUCUGUCACUGGACCUGAACACGGUGCACGAAUCCCUCAUCCUGUCCGACUGCGGCAGGACGGUGAGCUAUACCGAGGAGAAGCAGCCAUACCCUGAUCAUCCGGAGAGGUUCAGCACAUUCCCUCAGCUGCUGUGCAGGGAGGCUCUGACCGGGCGCUGCUACUGGGAGGUGGAGUGGAGCGAGUUAUCGAGUGUCGGCGUGGCCUAUAAAAGUAUACCGAGGAAGGAACAGCUGAGCUCGAGUAUUGAACGUAGCGAUAAGUCCUGGUGUCACGUCAGCACCUCGUUCGAAGGGUUCUUCUUUGAUUACAACACCAAGAGCUUGUACAUACCAGCUUCUCAGGGACACGCCAAAGCAUUCUGGUCCAGAGUCAGGAGACUGGGACUGUUUCUGGACUGGCCGGCCGGCACGCUGUCUUUCUAUCAGCUGUCAGGAGAAACCAAAACUCUCAUUCAUACCUUCCACACCACCUUCACGGAGCCACUGUACCCAGCAUUCCUUGUGGGUGAUGGGAUCUUGACUCUGUCCAGUGUGGGGACGCCGACCGCGGACAAGGUUCAGACAAGUUUCACUCCAGAGGUGAUAAAAGAGACGAUGGGAUUGUCCUACAGGUUCAGGUUCCCCGGUCCUGGUCUGUUCCACUGCUCGCUGACUGAUCUGGUCUUCAGUGUGACUCACGAGAGCGAAGCCACCUACGAGAUGAUGAUCUGGGAUGAGAUGCAGCUUCAGCCGGCUCAGAAGGUUCCAGGAGGAGCUCUGUUCAGCAUCACGUGUCCAGAUGAGUCCAUCAGACAGCUGCACCUCCCUCACUGCGAGCCUGAACCCGCGCUGCUCUCUGACUGCCUCUCUGUGGCUCACAUCACUGAUGAAGGCAUGAGCUUCAUCCAGCCUCUGGAGGUGACCGAAACCCACGUGGUGGUGGAUGUACCACACCUUUCAGCCCUCGGCAUCGUCUGGGACUUCGUCAAACACUUUGUGGAUUUCAUGAUGAAACCGAUUCGCAGUCAGAUCCUGCUGUUCCUCAAACCGAUGCACAGACAGGGUUUCAUCCUGUGGGUGAUUCUGCUGCCCAGCAACGUGCCGCUGAACGAGGUGAGAGCUCAGCUGCUGGACUGUGAGCACAUCCAGGCUCCGUCCUUCUGUCUGCUGCACACAGGCCAGUAUUACAGCCUGUGCAGCGAGCCGCAGCCGCAGGGCUUCAACAUACAGCCCGCACGCGCAGAAUUCUUUGGAAACUACGGACCAAACUACCACCCAACAUUUGAAAUGCUCAUGCUGUCGGAGGCGGACAAAGUGACCCUGAAGCUGCGAGAUGCAGAAAAAACCCAAGUGUGGGAGCACCAGCUCCACCUGCCUGCCAUGCUUGCGGUGACCACGGCAAGCAGAAACCAGCCACGGCUGGCGAGCAGCACCCCAGCCCAGGAGAAGCUGUUUCAGGUCCGCUCCAGCUUCGUGCAGCAGGUAUCGGACCCGGUCCUGAACAAGCUGCUGGACGAGCUGCUGCACUGCGGCGUGCUGACCGACAGUGAGAACGAGGUACUCAGAGCCAAACUCCGGCCGGACAAGGCGCGGGAACUCGUCGACACGGCGCGCAAGAAAGGAGCCGACGCCAGCGCCAAGUUGAUCGCAGUCCUCGCCGCCGCCAACCCGUAUUGCUGCCGAGAGCUCGGCCUGUGUUGAGAGCCGUCAGGAGCAGGACGACAGGAUCAACAAGGAGCUGCUUUUCAGUCACACUGUAGAACCUGAACAGUUCCUCUCUGACCAUCGGUGGACACUGAUUGUUCGAAACUCACCACGAGCAGACCCUUCAGACUCUUGCUCUUGCUUGACUGUUGCUUUCAGACGAUGGUUAAAGUUUAUCUCCAUAAUCGGAGUAAGAAAAAAGUGGCAACGCUGAUUGC